AUGUCUACACCUACAAUGACCGACGAUAGCUCGCAAGAGGCGCAUGCUUCCGAUAGAACUGAAUUCAAUCAAUAUGAUGGUUUCAAUCAGGUGGUCGAGAACGAGAUAAGGGAACUAGCAAGAAAUCCAAGCAGGAUAUCUGUGGACACUGCAAGUUUACACUCCUCCAGCUUGGCUUUGGUCAGAACUUUAACAAACGCUUCACAAAUACCAGGACAGAAUCCAAUGGUUGAGAAUUCAUCUGAGUACAUUGAUCCAAGACUUGAUCCCUGCUCCGAACAAUUCGAUUCCAAAUUCUGGGUCCAGAAUUUAAGAAAACUUGUUCUAUCAGAUGCUGAAUACUACAAACCAGCUUCUUUGGGACUAGCGUACAAGAAUCUUAGAGCUUACGGUCUUGAUGUCGAUACCGAUUAUCAAACUACAUUUGGCAAUGGUAUCUUUAAAAUGCUCAAUAGAUAUGCCAGACGAAUAACUGGAAAAGAGUCUUCUUAUGACAUUCUCAAGCCUAUGGAUGGGAUUCUUUUACCUGGCGAAUUAACUGUUGUGCUUGGUAGACCAGGUGCCGGUUGUACAACACUUUUGAAAACGCUUUCAACACAAACAUAUGGUUUCCAAGUUGAUAAGGAAAGUAUAAUCCUGUACGACGGUUUCACCCCAUCAGACAUCAAGAAACACUAUCGUGGAGACGUCGUUUAUUGUUCAGAAACAGAAAAACAUUUUCCACACUUGACAGUUUGGGAUACUCUAUACUUGGCCGCUAAGUUGAGAACGCCACAAAACAGGCCACUAGGUGUAUCGAGGGAACUAUAUGCAAACCACAUGACAGAAGUUGUUUUGGCAACUUACGGUUUGACUAAUACGAAGUAUACUAAAGUUGGUGAUGAUUUUGUGAGGGGUGUAUCUGGAGGGGAAAGAAAAAGAGUUUCCAUUGCCGAAGUUGCUUUGAAUCUGGCAUUGAUUCAAUGUUGGGAUAAUUCCACUAGAGGCUUGGAUGCUGCAACAGCGUUGGAAUUUGUUAGAGCUUUGAAAGCAUCAGCUCAAGUUUCCAAAGCAACGCCCCUUGUUGCAAUUUACCAAUGUUCUCAGGAUGGUUAUGACUUAUUUGAUAAGGUGAUAUUGAUGUACGAAGGCUAUCAAAUUUUCUUCGGUAACGCCAAAAAGGCAAAACAGUAUUUCAUAGACAUGGGUUAUGAGUGUCCCCAAAGGCAAACUACGGCAGACUUUUUGACUUCUUUGACUAAUCCUGCUGAGAGGAUUCCAAGGAAGGGUUAUGAAGCACAAGUUCCACGUACUCCUGAAGAAUUCUAUAAUUAUUGGCAGAAGUCACCUCAAAGGCAAGAAUUAUUAUCUCAAAUUGAUAGCUACUUGAAUGAGCAUCUUGAGUCUAAUUCCAGGAGUGAGUUUCAUGAGUCUCAUAUCGCAAAGCAAGCAAGGCACACUAAUCCUGGAUCAUCUUAUACUGUGUCAUUCUUAAUGCAAGUAAGGUAUGUUGUCGAAAGAAAUAUAUUAAGAACCAAGGGUGAUCCCUCAUUCAUGCUUUUCCAAAUUGGAGGUAACAUAUUCAUAGCAUUUAUUUUGUGUUCCAUCUUCUACAAUCUUCAACCCACCACAGAAUCAUUCUACAGCAGAACGGCUGCUAUGUUUUUUGCAAUUUUGUUCAAUGCUAACUCAUCAAUGUUAGAAAUAUUUUCUCUUUAUGAGGCCAGAAGCGUUGUCGAAAAGCACAAGACAUAUGCAUUAUAUCAUCCUGCUGCCGAUGCGAUUGGUUCUAUAAUAACAGAACUUCCAACCAAAAUUAUCACUUGUAUUGGGUUUAACUUGGUUUACUACUUCAUGAUCCACUUUAGAAGAGAACCAGGACAUUUCUUUUUCUAUUUGCUAGUGAACUUCACUGCAACACUCGCGAUGUCUCACUUAUUCAGAAGCAUUGGAGCUUCGACUAAAACAAUGUCUCAAGCUAUGACCCCUUCAGUUAUUCUAUUGCUUGCUUUUGUCAUCUUUACCGGUUUUAUCAUUCCAACUCCAGAUAUGCAUGGUUGGUGCAGAUGGAUCAAUUACAUUAAUCCGAUUGCAUAUGCUUUUGAGGCUUUGAUUGCUAAUGAAUUUCAUGACAGGGAUUUCAUAUGCUCUCGAUUUGUACCUUCUGGUGGUAGCUACCCAGUUGAUGGUCCAUAUCGGAUUUGCAGUGUCGUUGGAUCUGUCGUUGGUGAAAAUUAUGUGAAUGGGGAUGCCUUCAUCAACGAGUCUUUCAAGUAUUAUGAUGGUCACAAAUGGAGAAAUUGGGGAAUUGUUCUUGCAUUUGCAAUUUUCUUUAUGUUCACUUAUGUUCUUAUUUGUGAGUAUAAUAGGGGAUCAAGGCAGAAAGGAGAAGUACUUCUAUUCCAGAAACGUUUAUCAAAAAGAAAGAUGGAUAUGGAGAUGGGAAAAAUGGUGAAGUAUACCCAUGAGUUCAGCAGUGAUUCGAGUUUUGAGAAAAAUUCAAAACAUGAAUACAGUGGUAAUAUAUUCCAUUGGAGACAUUUAUCAUACUCAGUGAAAAUUAAAUCUGAAAAUAGGAUCAUUUUGGAUGAUAUAGAUGGCUGGGUUAAGCCUGGACAGAUAACUGCUUUGAUGGGAGCGACAGGUGCUGGUAAAACUACACUUUUGAAUGCGAUAUCUGAUAGAUUGACUGCUGGAGUUGUCACUGAUGGUGUAAGAAUGGUAAACGGAAGACCAUUGGAUGCCGAUUUCCAGAGAUCUGUUGGUUACGUCCAACAACAAGAUCUACAUUUGGAGACAUCCACCGUGAAAGAAGCUUUAAAAUUUUCAGCUUAUUUGAGACAGCCAUAUGCUGUAUCCAAAAAGGAGAAAGAUGAAUAUGUCGACUACGUCAUUAAUCUUUUGGAUAUGGAACUGUAUUCAGACGCAGUUGUUGGUAUAUCUGGCGAAGGCCUUAAUGUCGAGCAAAGAAAGAGACUUUCAAUUGGUGUCGAGUUAGUUGCCAAACCAAAAUUAUUGCUAUUUCUAGAUGAACCUACCUCUGGAUUAGAUUCACAAACAGCUUGGUCUAUUUGCAAGUUGAUUAGAAAAUUGGCAGAUAGUGGUCAGGCUAUUGUUUGUACUAUCCAUCAACCUUCAGCCAUAUUAUUGAAAGAAUUUGAUCGUUUACUUUUCUUACAAAAAGGUGGCCAAACAGUAUAUUUUGGUGAUUUGGGGGACUAUUUUAAUACUUUGAUUCAAUACUUCGAAAAACACGGUGCUCAUAAAUGUCCUCCGGAAGCUAAUCCAGCUGAGUGGAUGUUGGAAGUAAUUGGUGCAGCACCUGGUUCUCAUUCAAAGAAAGACUAUGCCAAGGUUUGGAAAGAUUCAGAAGAGUAUAAACAGAUACAGAGAGAGUUAGAUGAAAUGGAAAGAGAGCUUGUAAAGCUACCAGUUAAUGAUGAUCCAGAAAAGUUGAAAACAUUUACAAAUCCAAUGUGGAAACAAUAUGUUUUAGUUACUGAAAGAGUCCUUCAACAGUAUUGGCGAACACCAAGUUAUACUUAUAAUAAGGUUACCUUAUCUGUACUCUCCUCCUUAUUUAAUGGUUUUGCUUUCUUCAAGGCAGACAGAUCACUUCAAGGACUUCAAAAUCAAAUGUUUUCGGUUUUCAUGUUUUUGGUCAAUUUGAUGACGUUAGUACAACAGUAUUUGCCUCAUUUUGUUGCUCAAAGAGAUCUAUAUGAAGUCAGAGAAAGACCAUCAAGAACUUUCAGCUGGUUUGCUUUUAUUGCUGCCCAGAUAACAUCUGAGGUUCCAUGGAAUAUUUUCUGUGGUACCUUAUCCUUUCUUUCUUGGUAUUAUCCAGUAGGGUUUUACCAGAAUGCCGUUGAGACCAAUACAGUCCAUCAACGUGGUGGAUAUAUGUGGUUUGCUAUUGUUAUGUUCUACGUUUACUCCUCAACUAUGGGCCAGAUGUGUAUGUCAUUCAUGGAACUAGCAGAUAACGCAACCAACUUGUGCAUCAUCAUGUACAGUAUGUGUCUUGGUUUCUGUGGUGUGUUGGUUACUAAACAGAAUUUGCCUGGAUUUUGGAUAUUCAUGUACAGAGCAAAUCCAUUCACUUACUUAGUUUCUGUCAUUUUGUCAACCGGGUUAUUUGAUACCAAAGUUACUUGCUCUCCUACAGAGAUUCUCAACAUUCCUGUUCCUCAGGGUUAUACAUGUGAGCAAUUUAUGGGACCAUACAUGAGUGUUGCAGGUGGAUAUUUGCAAAGCAAUGGCGGGCAAUGUCAAUUCUGCACCAUGGCUAACACCAAUGUAUUCCUCAACCUGAUAAAUGCUGAUUACUAUACGAGAUACAGAGAUAUGGGCCUUUUUGUUGCAUUUAUUGGUAUUAAUGUUAUUUGCACAGUUUUCUUUUACUGGCUUGCCAGAGUCCCAAAAUUCAACAGAAGAGGAACUAAGACUUAG